AUGCUUGCUUCCACAUCGACCAACCCGGCCAUCCAGGCCUACAAGGUCUACCACCUCUCCCAAACUAAGCUCGAUCGGGAGUGCCGCCGACAGACCCCAGAUCUCCAUCGCAUAGUCCUGCAUGCCUCCAUCGUUGACAAUGUUCGUCGAUGGUCGCGUGAUCUAGCCAGCCCUUCCGAGGCUGUGGUGGUCGACUCCGAGUCUGAUACAGACAGUGACCCCUUUGAGGACUCUGCAUCCGACGAGGAAUACGAGGAUGCCAUGCCCGUCGACCAUGUUGCCAUCUUUGACUGCGAGGUUGAUGACGAAACAAUGAUCGAGCAGCAAUCGGGAACCAACGGCAAAGUCUACACCGUUCAGACUGGUGUCGUCAAGUCUGUGGAGACCAAGGACGCACAGUCCAACUCUGCGCCUGCCAGUCCCCGGAGACGAGCCCCUCCUCCGCCAUCGGCUGGUAACUCGAAUUACGAACUCAACGACCAGAGCUGGAAGCAGAAUCGACCAGUCACAGUCCGCGAGACAGCCAUUGAAGUCGACGGUGACGAUUAG